ACAUUCUCUAAUGCCCAUGACCCUGUACGUUAUAUAAUAGAUAAAAUUUUGGGUGACCAUUCGUGCCACAUCCACAUCUGUUAAAUCCAUGUAAACAACCGCGAUAUCCAUUUCCGGAACCAAUGCGCCAACUUCCUGAGCCACCUCCUUCGCCACCUCCAGAGCCACCUCCUCCGCCACCUCCUGAGCCACCUCCUCCGCCACCUCCUUCGCCACCUCCUUCGCCACCUCCAGAGCCACCUCCUCCGCCACCUCCUUCGCCACCUCCUUCGCCACCUCCAGAGCCACCUCCUCCGCCACCUCCUUCGCCACCUCCUCCGCCACCUCCUUUUCCACCUCCAUUGCCACCUCCUCCACCUCCUCCGCCACCUCCUCUGCCACCUCCUCCGCCACCUCCGUUUCCACCUCCUCCGCCACCUCCUUUUCCACCUCCAUUGCCACCUCCUCCACCUCCUCCGCCACCUCCUCUGCCACCUCCUCCGCCACCUCCGUUUCCACCUCCUCCGCCACCUCCUUUUCCACCUCCAUUGCCACCUCCUCCACCUCCUCCGCCACCUCCUUCUCCACCUCCUCCGCCACCUCCAUUGCCACCUCCUCCACCUCCAGAGCCACCUCCUGAGCCACCUCCUCCGCCACCUCCUCUGCCACCUCCUCCGCCACCUCCGUUUCCACCUCCCCCGCCACCUCCGCUUCCACCUCCUCCGCCACCUCCUUUUCCACCUCCAUUGCCACCUCCUCCACCUCCUGAGCCACCUCCUCCGCCACCUCCUUCGCCACCUCCUCCGCCACCUCCAUUGCCACCUCCUCCACCUCCAGAGCCACCUCCUUCGCCACCUCCUGAGCCACCUCCUCCGCCACCUCCUCCGCCACCUCCUCUGCCACCUCCUCCGCCACCUCCGUUUCCACCUCCUCCGCCACCUCCUUUUCCACCUCCAUUGCCACCUCCUCCACCUCCAGAGCCACCUCCUCCGCCACCUCCUUUUCCACCUCCUCCGCCACCUCCGUUUCCACCUCCUCCGCCACCUCCUUUUCCACCUCCAUUGCCACCUCCUGCUCCACCUCCUGAGCCACUUCCUGAGCCACCUCCAGAGCCACCUCCAGAGCCACCUCCUGAGCCACCUCCUCCGCCACCUCCUUUUCCACCUCCUCCGCCACCUCCAUUGCCACCUCCUCCACCUCCAGAGCCACCUCCUGAGCCACCUCCUCCGCCACCUCCUUUUCCACCUCCUCCGCCACCUCCGUUUCCACCUCCUCCGCCACCUCCUUUUCCACCUCCAUUGCCACCUCCUGCUCCACCUCCUGAGCCACUUCCUGAGCCACCUCCAGAGCCACCUCCUCCGCCACCUCCUUUUCCACCUCCUCCGCCACCUCCGUUUCCACCUCCUCCGCCACCUCCUUUUCCACCUCCAUUGCCACCUCCUGAGCCACUUCCUGAGCCACCUCCAGAGCCACCUCCAGAGCCACCUCCUGAGCCACCUCCUCCGCCACCUCCUUUUCCACCUCCUCCGCCACCUCCAUUUCCACCUCCAUUGCCACCUCCUCCACCUCCAGAGCCACCUCCUGAGCCACCUCCUCCGCCACCUCCUCUGCCACCUCCUCCGCCACCUCCGUUUCCACCUCCUCCGCCACCUCCUUUUCCACCUCCAUUGCCACCUCCUGCUCCACCUCCUGAGCCACUUCCUGAGCCACCUCCAGAGCCGCCUCCUGAGCCACCUCCUCUG